GGCGACGGUCGCUCUUUCACGCGGAAGGAUGCGCGGCAGCCGAUUGGCUGCGUGGCACGUCGGCGGGAGGACGCGCGACACUGCACCGCCCCUCCCUCCGUGGAACCUGCUCUGUGGAGCCAGUGGAGCCGGCAGCUUGGCCAGGUGGGAGGAUCCGCAGCGUAUCGCAGGACGGGACCGCUGAUCCUGCAGCCGCCCGGCGCCGUGACCCGCGACCCUAGAUCCCGACUCCUUUUGGCUCAGCCCGCGCGCCCCAGGCCCAGCCCGGGCGGCGCGACGGGAGGAUGAGCGGCGGGCGGCGGAAGGAGGAGCCGCCUCAGCCGCAGCUGGCCAACGGGGCCCUCAAAGUCUCCGUCUGGAGCAAGGUGCUGCGGAGCGAUGCGGCCUGGGAGGACAAGGAUGAAUUUUUAGAUGUGAUCUACUGGUUCCGACAGAUCAUUGCUGUGGUCCUGGGUGUCAUUUGGGGAGUUUUACCAUUACGAGGUUUCUUGGGAAUUGCAGGGUAA